CGGCUAGUAUCCGACUGAAUUUGUAACAGUUUCGUUACAACAAUGAAGGCAGCACUGAUUUUCCUCGCCGUGGUGGUGACAAUGGCUUCAGCCGCAGGAGUUAGAAAGAACUACAACCCAAGCGGUGUCAACUUUGUGGACAAUUCGCCACCAAUAAACGGAAAUGGGGGAGUUACAAAUAACUACAACCCAAGCGGUGUCAACUUUGUGGACAAUUCGCCACCAAUAAACGGAAAUGGGGGUGUUAAAGUCGUUGACAACAACCCAGAUGAUGGACAACAAGUUCACAUUGUCGAUAAUGUUGAUCCGCUGUUCAAUCAACCACACAAACCUGAAGGUAGCUACGAACCAAUCGACAUCGGGCCGGCAAUUGUAGAACCACAACAAGGAUGUUCCAACGGGGGAUAUGAACCGAUUGGUACUGGCCCAGCAUAUGUUGGAAAUGACAGACCCAAACAAUUUCCCAACCCCCUCGCUCGCGGUGGCAAGUAAACAAAGACGGCGUUAAAAGAACUCCUACAUACUUACCUAGUACAUAAGUGAAAAUAAACGAAAUUGUAAAUGUAUUGAA